AUUAAUGCACAACAACCACAAUUAUUUUAUUUUAAAUCAGCAAACAGGUCUACUCUUACAUUUUUUACUAAAGUCACAACAAUAUUUUAGGAUUGGAAACGUUUCACAUUUUUAAAACGUCAAAACAAAGCAUUUUCAUAUGGAUUCGAGAUUAUUUUCGCAAUGCAUUGUGGUAUACCAGUAUAUAACAUUGGCGCUCAGUGCUGAGCUGGGCCGACAAGGUGAUUUCAUAAUGACGGGUCAUUGUGAUUACCAAACUGAACUGGAUUUAAGUAACCUCCACAAGGAAAUAACUGAAAAACUACAGGUCAGAAUUUCUUUUAUAAUAUAUUUUCAACGAUUUAACAAUAUUCUGAAAAUAACAAAACGUGCUGUCGCUUAAGUCGAUGUCUGCUUCACAUGUACACAUUUCCACUGAUUUUGUCAACUCUUCCAGAUCUAGUACUUGAUGAUUUUAAUACAUUUUUACUUCAUAUUUCUAUUACAAUCCUUGUAUCAAACUGUUUUACAGCAUCCAAGACAUCUUCAUAGACAUCAUCAUACUUCUUUACACCACACAACAGUAAUUUCAUUCUGAAGGUGUUUCUCUGUCGAAAUCGCAACCGGCAAGAAAUUGAAACGAGCUAAGCGCCGUUUAUAUACUGUGGUGUCACAGAUCACAUGGUAAAUGGAAGAGUAAAAAGAAAAACCCGACACAGAGCAACAAAAAGCCCUCCCGAUGUGAGUUCUCCUUCAUCUCCCCAGUCACCGAGAACUCAGUCUGGUAAAUGUGGGCGUCCAGCGAAUCCGAUCCCCAGACACAAAAGGGACUCCCACAUCAAAGCCGAAUACAGGAGGAGGGAUAAAAUUCAGAAAGGAUUUGAAAGUUUAAGGUCAUUGGUUCCCUCACUUGAAGAUGUGUCAGAAAAAGAGAGCAAAGCUGUUAUGCUGUUUAAAACUGCUGAAUACUGUCGGCAACUUAAGGGCGAAUGUAGGGGGCUCACCGAUGAGGCGGCUGCUUUGCGGCAAGAAAUCCAGUCCCUGGGUACUCAGAUUCAUGACCUUCAGACAGAGCUGCCGGUGACAGGAGUGGACACUGUUGAGGAACCACCCAGCACAGACAUUGACAAGCUUUACGAAGAAUAUGUGGCUACUCAGACCAGAAAAAACUGGAAGUUCUACCUUUUCAGUUUCAUGAUGAGGCCUCUGUUUGAGUCCUUUAAAGUCAUGAUUACCUCAACGACGUCUGAUGAGUUUUCCCAAUCGGUCAACAACUGGGUCAAGGAAAAACUUUCACUGCCAAAACUAAGGAUAGAAUUUUUCAACUGCUUGAGAAAAAUCAGCAAGGAAACAAAGAUUAUGGAUGAACCGGAGCUGUUGUCUGCGGAGGCUCAGUGGAGCUGUGCAGGUAAAGCGACUUCUUCACUAGAAGUGAAGAUGGAAGCUGACCAGCCAGUUGUUGACCAGGCACUUCCAGUAACAAACAGCCCAGCCCCGAUUACUUCACAUUCCAACAUGUGGGCUAAUUCUGUGAUGACGACAAGCUGCCAGUUGGCGACCGCUUGCAACUUUCUACCCCAAGGAGGUACUAUGAUGUCCACCAGCAUUCUCUCCGACAACUGUGUUCUGACACACAACCUGACCGAUGCCGUAAUGUGCUCAGAUUCCCAAGAUCUUCCAUUGGGGUCUCUUGCUGACAUUCCCCUCCUAACCUGUGAUACAGAAAUGUCCUUUGUGGACUCUCUUCUGAACAAUCUGGAGAAUACAGAUUCCCUUCAUCAUCUCCUGUCUGACCAGCCUGUCUCCCUUAGUGAUAUCACCCCCACUCCAAUCACUGAGGUCGAUAUCACACAUUGUCAGACCCCAUUCACCCAAUCAUAUACCUUGCAACACAAUCAUCAAAACGCCCCCUAUUCCCUCUGACGGAAGGGAGGUAAUCCAGCAUUAUCAGUGUAUUUUAGAUUGUGUGUAAUUGAAGAGAUUUUUUAUCAUCUACAUAAGUUUUGUUAUUUCUCUGGAAGUUGUGAAUUAAAGAGGAUGGUCUGCUAGCAUUGCUUCACUUCAGCUUUGAUUAUCUGAUCUUUCUUUACAUACAAGCUAGUGGCAUUAAAUGUGGCCCUCGUUUGAUUAUUCUCUUACUUUAUACUAUUCUAUUCAUCUCGGUGGUAUGUAUUUUUGCUGCAUAUUUUGCAUAUUUUACAAUUUAUGUCAUGAAACUUAUACAAUUUAUACACAAGCUAGUUUGAAAAGUAUUGAAACUUUGAAAUUGCUAACGGUCAAGUUAUUUUUAAUAUCUGUUUUACAAGAAUAUAUAUUGUACAUCUGUAGAAAAAUCGAGAUUUAUCGUCAUAGUUGUUGACCUGAAUUGCUUCUACUUUGUUUAUUUUCUGAAGUCGUGGUUGGAGAGAACGUAAAUAUGGAUGUUUUGUGUAUAUACUUGAUUGUUUUUCAAGAUGUAAAUAAAAACGUGGUGUUUUUAUUUCA